CUGAAUUUUGAAAAAAUCAAUGAUAUUUUCUUCUCAUGCUUUCAUAUUUUAUGGCUUCGAAAGAACAGAGUGAGAAUUGGAUAUAAUUAAGUUGGAACGUAUUUGCUAUGAGAAGUUGAGAGAUUUCAGAGUUGUAAAGAACUCUAUCUGGAAAUUUUACAAUUACUUAUGGUUAUGGAAAUUGCCUUCUCUGUGGUACUUUUAUUUGUCGGAAUCGCAGUUUUGGUGGUGAUUCAUAUUUGUAUUGUUGGAAGGGCUUUCAGGAGAGGGUAUGAAGAUGGCAGCAUGGUUCAAAUAAGCAGCAAUGGAACCAAAAAGAUGUUAGAUGAGGACCUAAAGAAGCUACCUAGCUUUGAGUACAAGGCAGCUGAGAAAGGGAAUAGCCCUGUAGAUUGUGUUGUUUGCCUGGAGAAUUUCAGGAAAGGUGACAAGUGCAAAUUGUUGCCAAACUGCAAGCACAGCUUCCAUUCCCAAUGCAUAAACUCCUGGUUGUUGAAGACACCAACUUGUCCAAUCUGUCGAACUUCUGCUGAUCCGUCAAAAGUUGGGAUGAUCUUGGGAGAGCAAAGAGAAGUUUCAAGCCAUGAUGGAGUUGAACUGGUUUAGAGAAAGGCCCUCCUUUUUGUGACUGAAUCAGUGAACUGAGCUCUUCCAGUUCAUUUUGCGAUGAAGAUGUGGGGUUCCAAGUAGUGUUCUGUUUCAUUUUCCCAAUGAAUUGUACGUAAUAACGUAAAAUUGAAGAUAUUAAACAAACACAGUUUCAGAUAAGAGUUUGCAUUUUUUUUAUUUUUUUACUAAUCAAAUCAAUUGGUAUAUGAUUCCUGUUUAACCGAUCAUGUCUUUGCAUAAAUAGCUAGGCAUACCGUGCAAUACUUUUCUUUUUUUUUUUUUAAUGUUUAAGUCCGUUAACUUUUGCCUUCUCUCUCCUUUUGGGUGUUUUACUCUGCAUUUUUUCUACUGUUGCUAUUGGAUUUUGGCUAUGGGUCGUAUGGCCUUAAAAUCGCUUGAAUUAAGCAUUUCUAUGAUGUUUAAAUUGUUUUUUUUUUUUUCGUCUCCAGCUUUGGUUUGUACCUUUUCAAUGCAAUUUAAUUAGGAGUUUGGGUCCAUUCAUAUCUUAGGUUCUUUGAACAAGGUUGGGAACAGAGAAAGAUAGCAUGUGAAGGCUGUGCCACCAAAAAGCUUCAUGGAUUCGAAACAACUUCUCAAAAUGUUUAUGAUACAUUACCUUCUACGCAAUCAUAGAAAAAAAAACCUUCUUAAUCCCAUUUAGGGGAGUGACAUUCUUUUAGAAAAUGCUCAAUGAUACUUCAAAGGGCUUUAGUAGUAGAAAAGGGUAUAUGAUUCCUGCUGGCCUUGAGCAGGAAACUAUCUUGCACCUUUGAAAGGAGAAAGUACAUCAAAGCAAAUGAAUUACAAUUUUCCUAUAUUUUCCGUCGAAGACGUCGACAGAAGCGGAUCCAAAUGAGAUAAUAGUGUCCUAAACACUCCAAAGAUUGAAAAAUAAAAAAAAAAUAUUUAAAAAUAUUUCCCACACCUCCAAAAUUAUUUCCUGAAUAUUGUUUUCUUCAAUGACAUUUAAAAAAAAUGAAGAAAAUUGAUAAACCCGAUUCAAUUUUUUAUAUUUAUUAUAAGUAAAAAAAUCCUACCAUUGACCGUUGAACAUUGAUGUAUGGUACGAGUGGAAGACAAAAAAAAGGAUCAUGGAAAA